CGGAUUUCUUCUACCGACCUAUUUUCUCUUCAAGUGAAAAUAGCGUUGGUAAAAACUUGCUUUUGAAAAAUGAAGGUAAAGUCUGCAGUUUUGCAAGAAAUGGGAAGACCCACUCCUUAUGCCAAAAGUAAGCCUAUCGUAAUCGAAGAGUUGGAGUUGGCACCUCCUCACGAUGAAGAGGUUUUGGUGAAGCUGUUGUAUGCAGGUUUAUGCCAUUCGGACCUAUCUGUUAUCAAUGCAAGUCGUCCUAGACCCACUCCCAUGGCAUUGGGUCACGAAGCAGUGGGAAGAAUUCAACAAGUUGGCAAGAACGUGGAUAACGUGCAAGUAGGAGAUAUCGUUUCUUGUGUAUUUGUUCCGAGUUGUGGUACCUGUGACUCGUGUCGCACGGGUAGACCUGCCACUUGUACUACUGGAUCAAAAGCAAAUGGUGCUGGACUAUUGUUAUGUGGCCAAUCCCACUUAUCCAGACAAGUCAGCAAACCAACCGACCCUAAAGUGAUACACCAUUUGUUAGGUGUAGCUGCUUUUUCUACUUAUUCGGUGAUGAACAAAAACUCGGUGGUGAAAAUAGACCCAUCGAUUCCUCCCAAAUAUGCAGCAGUAUUUGGUUGUGCUGUUAUUACUGGUGUAGGUGCUGUUGUCAAUACUGCCAAAAUAGAGUUUGGAGCAAGUGUUGCUAUCGUUGGUUUAGGUGGUGUUGGAUUCUGUGCUCUAUUGGGAGCCUUGGCUGCAGGUGCGAGUAGCAUCAUCGUGGUCGACUUGGAACAGUCUAAACUAGAUCUUGCUAAGAAAUUGGGAGCUUCUCACGCUGUAUUAUCUACCAAAGAUACAUCAUUGGAUAACUUGAUACAGUCCAUCAAGCAACUCACCCGACAAGGUCGUGGAGUGGACUAUGCCUUCGAAAUGGCAGGAAGUGGGCCCACUUUGAAAAUUGCUUAUGGAAUUACUCGUCCAGGCGGUACAACCGUUACUGCUGGUCUUCCCCAUCCAGAAACUCAGUUUUCCAUUUCUCAAGUCACUAUUACAGCAGAAGAACGUACCUUGAAAGGUUCGUAUCUAGGAAGUUGUGUCCCUACUAGAGAUAUUCCAAGAUAUGUGCAACUGUACAAGGAAGAUCAAUGAAGGCUUCGACCAACUUGACCAAGGCAAAGUGAUUCG